AUGAUGGGCGAGAAAGAAAUGGGCCGGGCUGUUGGCGACGAGCCUGUGACGUCUGUCCUCGGUCCCAAGGAAAUCCCUAUCUUUGAGGGCGAACACGGCGAUGACGACGACGUUCUUGCUUCACUGGGAUACAAACCAGAAUUCAAGCGUGAAUUCUCGCUAUGGACGACCUUUUGUGUUUCCUUUGCCGUUCUGGGUCUGCUGCCCUCCGUGGCUUCGACCCUCUACUACGGUAUGGGCUAUUCUGGCACACCAGGAAUGGUCUGGGGCUGGAUUAUCGCCAUGGUUUUUAUCCAGUGCAUCGCCAUGGGAAUGGCCGAGCUGUGUUCUGCUAUGCCCACGUCAGGUGGUCUGUACUACGCGUCUGCCGUGCUUGCGCCGCCGAAAUGGGGACCGUUCGCCGCCUGGGUGACGGGCUGGUCCAACUGGCUCGGCCAGGUCACCGGCGCCCCCUCUGUCGACUACUCUCUCGCCUGCAUGAUCCUGGCGGCGGCAUCGAUCUCGAACCCCGACUACAGCCCGCAGAACUGGCAUAUCUUUUUGCUCACUGUGGCGCUGCUCAUCAUCCACGGCGCGAUCUCGUCCAUGCCGACGCGGUGGAUCGCACAGUUCAACUCGGCUGGCAGCACCUUCAACAUGGUGGCCCUCGUUGUCGUCUUCAUCAUCAUCCUGACGGCCGACAAUCGGGUCAGCCAGGGCCUGCCGCGCUUCAACAACUCGCACGACGUCUGGGGCGACUUUUACGCCGGCACCGACUUUCCCAAGGGCAUCUCCAUCCUUAUGUCCUUCAUCGCCGUCAUCUGGACUAUGAGCGGCUACGACAGCCCGUUCCAUCUGUCGGAGGAGUGCUCCAACGCCAACAUCGCCUCUCCCCGUGCCAUCGUCAUGACGUCUGGCAUUGGAGGCGUCACCGGCUGGGCUCUCAACAUGGCCGUUGCCUACACCGUUGUCGACAUUGACGGCGUCCUCAACUCGUCUACCGGCCAGCCUUGGGCCGGCUACCUGAUGCAGUGUCUCAGCCAGAAAACAGCUAUGGCCUGCCUCUCGCUCACCAUCAUCGCCGCUUUCUCCAUGGGCCAGGGCUGCAUGAUCGCCGCCAGCCGCGUCACCUUUGCCUACGCCCGCGACGGCUGCUUCCCCCUCUCCGGCUACUGGAAGCGUGUCAACAAGUACACCAAGACCCCUGUCAAUGCUGUCUGGUUCAAUACUGUCAUCGGCUGUCUCCUCGUCCUCCUCAUCUUUGCUGGCGAUGCUGCCAUCGGGGCCAUCUUCUCUAUCGGUGCCAUUGGCGCUUACGUCGCCUUUACCAUCCCCAUCACCAUCCGUACUUUCUUCGUCGGCGAUCGCUUCCGUCCGGGUCCAUGGAACCUCGGCAAGUUCAGCCCUAUUGCUGGCUGCCUGUCUACUGCCUUUACUCUUCUGAUGAUCCCUAUCCUCUGCUUUCCCUCCGUCACUGGCUCGGACCUGGAUGCCGACGGCAUGAACUGGACCUGUCUCGUGUGGGGUGGCCCCAUGGUCCUAGCCAUCAUCUGGUUCGUUGUCGAUGCCCACAAGUGGUUCAAGGGUCCCAAGAUCAACGUCGCCCACAUGAUCCACAAGGUGGAAGAAGGGCCGUAUAUCAUUGAUGCUCAGAAGUCCACCGAGGACACGUCCCAGCCAAUAACUCCCACUAAGAAGGACAAGGGUCUGGUAUAG